AUGACUCAAGAAAAUGGAGGGACUUUUAUGAGUGUGUUUCCUUUACACGAAAGCAACAAACCAUCGUGUGAUAAAACUGAAACUUUUCAACAAGACACCAAUGGAUAUUUUGAUACUAUCACUUUUUCACAGAACAGAGGUGUUUACGAGAUAAUUGACACCACAAGUGGUCGCACUUUAUUUACCCCGAAUUCGAUCGAGAGUUACUUAAUAGAUUUUGAGACAGUACUCAAAUUGAUUGAAGAUGCUCCGACUAAAACGUUUACAAUGGAACGCUUACAAGAGCUUGAGAACAGAUUUAAUCUUCACAAAAUUCUUCAAUUGAGUACACACAGAAACGGCAAAACCUUUUUUGAGUGUUGUAAAGUCGACACGCACAUUCAUGCGAAUUGGGCAGUGACCGAGAGCGUCCUUUUAAAAUUCAUUAAAGAGCACAAGAGCGACUUAAAUCCCAUUUAUGAGAACAAAAACAAGAAGAAAGAGAAUUUGACUGAAUUCUGUGAUGACCACAAAAUCAAUUUAGACAAAAUGACACUUCGCCAAAUAGGGGAGGUCGAAGACAAAAAUUCACUCAGCUCCAUCUUUCUCGAGAGUGAAAAUUACAAUGAAGGAAAACUCUUUGCCGAACUUCUUAAGCACCAAUUCAGUAAACUAGAAGAGACCAACACAUUUUGUGAAAUGCGACUUGUUGUAAGAGGAGACGACGAAGAUGAAUGGUUCAAGUUAUCGCAUUGGGCAACUACAAAUAAUGUGAUAUCAAGUCACAAUAAGUUUCUCAUUGAGUUUCAUCGAAAUUACGAACACUUUGUGACACUGUAUAAUACAAAAAAGAGUGAAAGUGUGAACUUCGCGAAGUACAUAUCAAACUUCUUUCAUCCAUUAUUCGAAGCUACUUUACACACAGAAAAAUACAAAGAACUUUCGUUGUUCUUGCAACAAAUAAGUGGUUUUGACUCUGAUGGAGAAGAAGGGUUUGUAGAGUCUAUCACACUCUCUCAAUUCGACCCAACAACAAGCGAAAAACAGAAUGUGUCAUAUUACAUCUACUUGUACUAUUUUUAUAGUAACAUUGUCUCUCUGAAUAUUUUGAGGACAAUGAAAGGGUUGAACACAUUUGAUUUCCGCCCCCAUUGCGGAAAGACUGGUCACUACAGUCAUUUAAUUGCAGGCUAUUUAAUGACGAAUGGAGUCUCACAAGCACUCAAAUUGGAAGACAACACUACGUUACAAUAUUUGUUCUAUUUGGACCAACUUCCUAUAUCACAAGCACCAAUGGCUACACACUCAAGAAACCUUGGGAGUUAUUCUUCGAACCCUUUUAAUAACUUCUUUGCGGUCGGAUUGAACGUUUCACUGUCGACGGACAAACCUUUGCGAGUGCACAAAACCGUCGAACCGUUACUUGAAGAAUACUCUAUGGCACAGAACAUGUAUAAGUACACCGAUGAUGAUUUGGUAGAAAUUUGUUACAACUCAGUCCGACAGUCUGGCUUCUCCAAAGAAGAGAAGAUUGGGAUGUUAAAUCUUUCCGUCACCAAUUCCAGUCGCUCGAUUUUUAGAAAGCGACUGUUAGAAACGGAAAGUGAGGUACUCAAAGCGCUCACACAAAACAAUAUCAAUGGCGUGUUUGUGGACAUCCCAAGAACUAAAGUCUACUUGGAAUUUAAAACGAAGAACGAGAAUGAAGUUCAAAUAAUGCGAAAUAUCACUUACUACAUUUCACUGAGAGAAAAGUACAUUUCAAAACAAGACGACUUCGACUUGAACAGUUUGAGCUUUGACGAAAAAGACGACGAGAUUAACGAGGACAAACCAAUUUUUAUUGGAAAACAAAAGAGUGAAAAUAAGAGGGGGAAGAGGUUUUACUGUUCGAUAAAGAAUGGGGUGUACGGGGUCUAUGACACCCCCAAUAUGGUCUGUGACCUUUGUACAACAUCAACCACCUUUGUGCAAUGUGUGGACUGUAAUCAGAAAUUGUGUAAAAAGUGCUUUGAGAAUACACACGCAAAUUUGUGGCAUUCAAUUCGACUUGAAAAGAAUCAAGAAUACUUCCCAACAAUCAAAUACAGUGAAUUCAUGUCGGACUACAACUCGUUGGUCAAUUUUGUUUCUGGUGGAGAGUCAAGGACAUUUGGUUACAAACAACUGAAAAUCAGAGAGGAGCUUUUUAAGCUCCACAAACUGUUGAAUCACUCAACUGAAGCUUUUGAAAUGAAAGAACUGAAAAACGAUUUUGACACUUCGGUAAAGAUAGAUACGGUGUUAACAGGGUCAAGGUCAUUUCACCCAAAAGCACUCUUAGAGUUCAUUAAAGAAAAGGUGAAUUCCGAUACAGAGAAAGUUGUGUUCAAGCAACUUGAGGUCGAGACAAAAGAAGGCCUUACAAGAGUUUUCAAGAACGUGACUUUGAAGAGUGCAAUGAACAUCUUUUAUAUCGACAAGACUAAAAUGACAUUGGAGAGCCUCGACGUCACCUUCGACCCUUCGGUGAUUCAACGGUACGAUCUCUGGAGGUCGCGUGAUCGCCUUUUCAACCGCCGUGAAAUGCGAAAUUUGUUCUUGACAACGAACAACGUCGAGAAAGGAAAGUACUAUGGCGAGUUACUUCAACAGAAUUGGUUUAACAAGAACCAGAGUAAAUUCCUCAAGAGUGAAAUAGGUCUUCGGAUCAAUGGAAAGAGUUCUGGUGAUAUUUUGAAGUUAGCCAAGAUGCUAGACACAGAGGGCAUAUUAGACUCUACAGAGAACAUCCUCAGUAUCCAAAUAACUCGUGAUUACAUCAAAUUGAGGAAUGAGAAGAACGUCAAGAACUUCGAAGAGAUCAUUUGCAACAUCUUUGGACCACUCCUUGAAGCUACACUGAACCCAUCAGAGCAUCCAGAAGUGUUCAAAUUUUUACUUAGGGUUGGCAGCUUUGAUAUGAAAGGGGAUGAAAGUAUCUACUCAACUAACGGUAAUAUAGAAAGAGUGUUACCUUCGGAAUACAAGGAACCAUCCGAGCCACCAUUCCAAUAUUGGAUCUUUUUCUUACGAAUGAACAUUUCAGUGUUAAACAAUUUACGAAAGAGUUUGAGGCUUAACACCUUUGUGUUUCGACCGCAUUGUGGGGAGACGGGGGAUCCAAUGCACUGCGCCUCCGCGUUUCUGACGGCCGACUCGAUUUCUCACGGAAUCACUUUAGACGAUCAAAACAUGUUGCAGUAUUUAUUCAUCUUAGCUCAAAUAGGGAUUAGCUGCUGUCCCAUUUAUGACAAAUUUCUGUAUGAUAGUGUCGAGCAUCCUUUUGUGAAGUACUUUAUGAGGGGGAUGCGGGUCACUUUAGCUACUGAUGCGCCGAUGCACUCACAUACAACUAAACAACCACUAAUCGAAGAGUACGCAAAUGCAGUUAAAAGUUUCAAACUAACAGCAACGGAUGUGAACGAAAUAGCACAGAACUCUGUGAUCAUUUCGUCGUAUGACGAGAAGGAGAAGAUGAAUUGGUUGGUCGAUCAAGACGGGGCAAGUCUCAGCGUCCCAAACACGCGACUGAAAUACAGAGAAAAGGUUCUGAAGACUGAUGUGAACACGUUGUUAUUGUACAACAUCGGAAGAUCCUCAAUACCAGCAAAUGACAAGAAGGAACUAUUAAAAGGUUCUUUUAAUUAUUAA